AUGAACGGCCCCGUUGCAUCCAAUCUCACGUUGCUCAACGACCUCGAUCAAAUACCCACUGGUACGAAAGUGCGAUUUUUGGGGUGUGUAGAUGAGUACCUGACCAAAACUGCCACCCUGCGUCUGGUCCACGACUAUCCUCCUUCACGCCCGCCCAAAGUCGCUCACGUGGACAUUCAGCAUAUUCUCGAAUCCAUCAAGCGCCAUGAGGUCGACGUUGGCACUUGGAUCAAUGUUAUAGGUCAUGUGGAGCCAUCACCGAAGAGUGGGACACCGUGCAUUUGUGUGCAAGCUGUCGCUGUGUGGGACGCUGGAAAUGUUGAUUUGGACGCGUAUCAAAGUGCCGUGGUUGAGCGGAAGAAUGCUGGUUGCUGA